AUGUCUCUCCUUAAAUCCACCUCCCUUGUGCUCGUAGGCUUAUUGGCUUCCUUAUCCACCGCCAAAGACACGUCGGCUUAUAGCGAUGCUUUCAUAGUCGAGUCUGAAGUUGGCAACAAUGUGGCUGGGCAAAGCAAAUUCCUCAGUGAAGUUGCCAAUAGGGUAUCGCAGCUUGGAACGAGCUGCCAGGCUAGCCCUCGAAGGACCUUUAACUCGCCACACUUCACUGGAGCUUCGUUCGAUUUGAAAUGUGACAGCAGUCUCGAACAAACCCAAGUGCUCAAUGCCAUUCAACAGACAGCAGGCAUCAGCAAAGCAUGGCCAGUAGGGUUCGUCAGGCACCAGAUGGCCUUGCCCGGACAAGGUGCAAGGGCUUGGGCGGGCAGUAAAAGGGAUGUCGCUCUUGAUUCGAGCGGGACUGCUAAAGGAUCGUCGGUCGACACCUUUUCUACGCACAAAAUGAGCAACGUCGACCGUCUUCACAACAUGAACAUCACGGGCGCCGGCGUCAAGAUAGCUGUGCUAGACGGGGGCUUCGACACGUCUGUGCAUGGGCUCAGCGAGACCAAAAUCACAUACUCGGUCGACAUUACCGGAGAGUUCCCAGACGCCAACGACAACUGUUUGGACCACGGGACCCACGUCCUCGGAAUCGUGGGGGCCAAAAGCGCCGACAACUUGUAUAACGUCAGUGGUGUUGCUCCCGACGCCACUUUCGAGUUGUACCGCAUACAAAAAUGCGAAAACUCGUUCGCAACCACCGAUGACCUGAUUGCAGGAUUCACAGCAGCUGCCGAGCGAUCAGUUGAUAUUAUCACCUGCUCCUAUGCCGGCACCGGCACCUUCUCCGAGGAGCCUUGGUCCCUCGCCGCCAGUCGAGUUGCCGCAUCGGGCAUCUACGUCUCGGUCCCGUCGGGCAACGAUGGUCCAGGCCCUUUUAGCGGUGGCGUCCCCGCAGUAGCGCCAAUGGUCUCAGGAGCGGGUUCGGUCGACAAUGUUGUGCAGCCGUGCCUCUCAACGGAGGGAUCCUUCACCGUAAACGGUCAAACCAAGUCCUUUUCUUUUACUCCUGGCGGCCAGACAAAUUUUCCCGAUACGCCAUUGACAGUAUGGGCGCCUCAGAAGAAACCAGUCUACGGCAGACCCGCCAACUGCUCAGUUAUAACCGAGAAUCCUCCCAAGGAUGUCGCCAACACAAUCACACUUGUGUUUGGGAACGAGUGCCUUGUGGACUCGGACGGGAUUAACAUAGGACAUUCGCCCAAAUACAACCUCAGCUACUUCAUAUACUACGAAGAAAAUGCGCCAGAGGGCCAGAAGGAGCGGUGUCCUACAUGGACUGCAUCCAGCUACAACCAAACUAAAGGCUCGCUCGCUGCCACAUUCUCCUUUGCUGCAGAAGUCCUUGCUGAGCUUGCCAAAGGAAACCAAGUCACGGUCAAGAUACCCAGCAACCCGGUCGCCAACCUUUCCCUGACCUACCAGGGGUCUUCUAGCGGCGGUUCUGUGUCCUACUUCUCGAGCUGGGGCCCAACUUGGGAAGGGCGCACCAUGCCAACCUAUACGGCGCCUGGACAGGACAUUUUGAGCACCUUGCCCAAGCGCAUGGGCAGCUGGGGCGUCAUGGGUGGAACGAGCAUGGCCACCCCUUACGCCGCCGGAGUUGCCGCCCUUGUCAAACAGCAGUAUCCCAAGUUGUCCAACAGCCAGAUACAGUCCAUUCUCGCCACGACGGCGCAGCCAGUCAAGUUCAACGACCGCCAGAAGACGGCCUACAGUGGCGCAAUUAAGGACUUUUACGCCCCGGUUAUUCAGCAGGGCGGAGGUCUGAUCGACGCUUAUGCUGCCUCGCAAACCAAGACCCAUCUCAACGUGACCAACCUCAGCUUCAACGACACGGCCAACCGCGUGCCCUCCACCACCGUCGAGAUCUCCAACACCGGAACCCAGGAGCUCACAUAUACCCUGUACCACGUCGGCGCUGCCUCUGGUUACUUCCUGAACACCACCGGUGGCGCCCAGUACAACUUGACUGGUGCCACGGGACUUGCCGUGUACGCCGACAUGAAAAUCCAACCUUCCAGCCUGACUAUCGCCCCCGGAAAGACGGCCACCGUGUCCGUGUCCGUCGCCGCCGAUCCUAAACUCCCCGACGGCGUGUCCUUCUUUGGUGGCUACAUCGCCAUCAAUGCCACCGGCAACGGCAAGCAAGUCGACCACCUGACCCUCCCAUACACGGGCUUUGGGGGCAACCUGGUCGAUCUCCCGAUGCUCAACAAGAACACUGAGUCAACCUACUCAGGCAGCUACAACUUGAACACUGGAAUCGUGAAACCUGACGAGGCCGGCCGCGUCUACACUUGCGACUACCAGCCAACCGCGGAUGCUCCUUGCAAUUUCGCCGACGGGCUGUUCCCCGGCAUGUGGGCCACCCUCGUCACCGGCGCGUCGCGCAACAUGACCAUCAGCCUCAUCAACCACAAGACGGGCUCCACCGCGCUGCUGAACGACUGGGACAUGGACUCGUCGGGUAUGUGGGGCAAGGCCAACUACUGGUACUGGGACGGCAGCGACCUCAACACCACUUACGUGCCGGCCGGCGAUUACUUCUGGCGCGUCAAGGUGUUGCGCCUGAACGGCGACGUCGCAGAUGCCAAAGCCUGGGACAGCUUGGACUUGGACACCAGUUACUUUACGUUGAAGUACACUGCCAACAGUACACUUCCGAAAUUAUAA